AACGUACGUGAGUUUAUUAUAAAUCUUAUUCAUCGUGCAUCGUUUAAUCACUGAACGAAUCUAUUGCUGUUAAUGUUUAUUAAUUUCUACGGCUAAUUCUGAUAAAUCCUUGGAAGAAAAAAAAUCGAUCUUCUUUCGACUUGCGAGUGUGAGAAACGUUUACCGGAAUUCUUUGAUUCGUUUCAUUCAUCCUCCCUAACCUGUUAUAAAGAAGAAAGAUAAAUAUUUCGUGUUAAAGAAAUUUUUUUUAAUAACGACACUACACCGAAGCGUGAUAUAUAUAAUCCACGAUGAAAUAAAAUAUAAAAUUCUAUAAUAUCUUCACGAAUGAUAUAAGAAGAAAGGAUAUACAUAGAAAUCCAGUGAGGAGUAUAACGACGAUGACCAGUUGUUGUUACUAUUGUUGUUCUUGUUGUUGUUGUUGUUAAAUUCUUUGACCAGUGUGCUUUCAUCAAAGCUUUAUUUAAACAAAACCAGUGUCCGUAAAUCGUUUGUUCCGCAGUGGCUGAUACGUAAAAAAUAAAUAUUUUUUCAUUAAAUUAAAUUUAAAAAAAAAUAAAAUAAAUAAAUAAAACAAAAAAAAACAAAGAAGACCGGAAAUAAACUCUAUUUUUUUCUUAAAACUAUCCUCUAUAAUAUUCGUAUCAACGAAUAUAUUUCGAUGUAAACGGCUGCUGGCUUCCAGCUCUCUCUCUCUCUUCGUAUCGUCUCUUCUUCACCAAAUAUUCACUGGGUUUUGUGCCAUUCCGGUUGUCCCUUUGUUCUCUGGCUGCGGAUUAUCCUCGUAUAUACGGGAUGCCGGUUGACUGAAGAUGGCCUCACCGACACCAUCGUUGGAAUCACGUGCAAACUCACUUGGAUCGUUAUCCUCGCUGUCCCCGUUGACGGUGAGUGGAAGCUCUCCACCAGCAAGUGACUCCGCGAUCUGUGACGUCGACAGCUGUGAUCUUUGCCUCGACGCUAAACCCGGCGACGCACCUUGCCCGCACUGCCGUUUAGGUGGUGUACGCUGUACCGGUUGUAAAUCAACCGAAUCCGACGCUGUUGCGCGGUGUUUCGAUUGCGCAAACUUUCUCUGUCCAAACUGCGUGAUGGCACACCAAUUCAUGCACUGUUUCGAAGGACACCGAGUCCUGAAUUUGGGCGAUUCAAAGAUCGACGAGCCCAAGCACAACCUUGUGGUCAACGGUGGAAACGGGGAGAAGACACUUCUCUGUCCCAGGCACAAAAACGAACUUCUCAAGUACUACUGCAAGCCCUGCGGUGUUCCCGUAUGCAAGGAAUGCACCGUUUCGGAUCAUCUCGCACCGCUUCACGACUGUGCGCACAUCUCGGAGGCUGGGCCUCAACAGUUGGAAGCGGUUGCACGAGCCGUUCAAGAAGGUAGAGCGAGGGCCUCGGACAUCAGGACGGCGGUCAAAGCCGCGGAUCAUGGCGCGGCCAGACUUCAAGUACAAUACCACAAGGCUCAGAACGAGAUCAACGACACCUUCCAAUUCUACCGAUCGAUGCUCGAGGAGCGUAAACAGGAACUCCUUAAGGAACUGGAGUCUGUAUUCUCCGCGAAGCACAUAUCUCUAGGUGUCGUUACACAGAAGGCAAACGAUACCGCGGACAAGAUACAACAGACCUGCGACUUCGUCGAGAGACUGACGAAGUACACGACGGUCACGGAAGUACUGAUGGUCAAGAAGUUGCUGGACACGAAACUCCAGGCUUUGAUAAACUCCACGCCCGACGUGACGAACCACACGGCGGAUCUAGAGUUCGUCAGCAAUUAUCAAGCCAUACAGGUUGGCGUCAGGAACACCUUCGGCUACGUCAGGAGCAGCAGCGAGAGCAACGCUGGACCCAGCAAGCAACCCCCGAUCGCUAGACCUACAGCCCUGUCGAGCGGAAGCAGCAACGGCAGUAGCGGACCCGGAAGCGCGGGAUCCCUUGGUGGACUUCUACUGGAUAGACCGUACAGCAAUGGCCUCGUCUCGACGAGCACGACCUGCGCCGUUUCGACGUCGCCGUCACCGUUCGAGAGCAACGUCAUAUCGAAGAGGUUCAGCACGGCUAACAGUCUCGGUCCGUUCUCGACCACCAUAAGCGACCUGAACCUGAACGGUAUGAACCCGUACGAAAAGUGGAGCAACGGCGGAUGCGACGCUUAUCCGGUUUCGGCUAACGAACACUUUCCACUACCCCAAGCACCCGCAGAUUCGGUCCUUGAUCUCACGUCCAAACUCAUGUCGGCAGCGAUAUUUCCACCCAAGUCACAGAUCAAACGGCAGAAGAUGAUCUAUCACUGUAAAUUCGGCGAGUUCGGGGUCAUGGAGGGACAGUUUACGGAACCAUCGGGGGUCGCGGUCAACGCUCAGAACGACAUCAUCGUUGCCGAUACGAACAAUCAUCGCAUACAGAUAUUCGACAAGGAGGGACGCUUCAAGUUCCAGUUUGGAGAGUGCGGGAAACGGGACGGUCAGCUACUUUAUCCCAACAGAGUGGCGGUCGUUCGCACUUCCGGGGAUAUAAUAGUCACCGAAAGGUCGCCGACCCAUCAAAUACAGAUAUACAAUCAGUACGGUCAGUUCGUGAGGAAGUUCGGGGCCAAUAUACUUCAGCAUCCACGAGGGGUGACCGUCGACUCGAAGGGAAGGAUCGUCGUGGUCGAGUGCAAGGUCAUGAGAGUGAUAAUAUUCGAUCAGGCUGGUAACGUUCUUCAGAAGUUCGGCUGCUCGAAGCACCUCGAGUUUCCAAACGGUGUCGUGGUCAACGACAAGCAGGAGAUAUUCAUCAGCGACAACCGUGCCCAUUGCGUCAAGGUGUUCAACUACGAGGGUGCCUACCUAAGGCAAAUCGGCGGCGAGGGGAUAACGAAUUAUCCAAUCGGCGUCGGGAUCAAUGCCGCCGGUGAAAUACUCAUCGCCGACAAUCACAACAAUUUCAAUUUAACAAUAUUCACUCAGGAUGGACAACUCGUAUCCGCUCUCGAGAGCAAGGUCAAGCACGCACAGUGCUUCGACGUAGCAUUGAUGGACGAUGGUUCCGUCGUACUUGCGAGCAAGGAUUAUCGACUUUAUAUUUAUCGUUACGUGCAGGUACCGCCUAUCGGAAUGUAGAGGAGGAAGAGUCCUCUUGUUAUUAAUUAUUGGUAACCGCAGAGCGUACCGGCCAACAAUUCGACUCCCACGCGAGCUCUGGCCGUCUCGUCUCUUUUCAUUAUUCCAUCACUCAGGCAAAGGAACAGAACACGAAACAAAAAAUAAAAAAAACAACACACAUACACAAACACACUAUAUUUGUCCCUAUUUUACUACUACUACCACUACUACUACUACUACUACUACUACUACUACUACUACUACUACUACUUAUUACUAUUAUUACUAUUAUUAUUAUUACUACGCUACUACUAUACGUAAUUUGAAUCGGUGUGUGCGUACGUGUCCAGAUGCCGUGUCUGUAAGUAAGAAGAAGAAGAAAGAAAAAAAAAAAAAAAAAAAUGUAGCGUUCAAAGGUGUUUGUUUGUUUGUUCAUUUCAAUGCUAGGAUUAUUGGGUCAUGCAGGUUGAUGAUUCCAAAAAUUAAUAUUAUUAUGACACGGCAUUACAUUGCCAAGGCACAAAAUAUUAAAAAUUACAAAAAUACAGACAGACACAGAGACACACACACACAGACGCGCGUGUAUUAGCCACCCUUAAUAACGUGCAUCCACACGAGCGUAUGAAUAAAAGGAAAACGUAAAAUCCCUUUCGAAAUGAAAGAAACCACGAAGAAGAAGAAGAAGGAGAAGAGAAAAAAAAAAUGAUCGAAAAAAAAACGAAAAAAAAAUGAAAUGAAACUUACUUGUUAAUGUUGUUAUAACUGAUAAUACUGUUGUUGUUGUUUAGUUGUAGAGCUCGCCGCCGCUAGUCACUUGUUCUCCCUUUUGCUCCCAUCUCAUCUUCCACACGAACAAAAACUAAUGGAUUAUAAGAAGAAGCAUGAGACAAAAAGAUAAAAAAAUAAAAUAAAAUAAAAUAAGAAUAAACGAAACAAAAA